AUGAAUGAAAAGCCGCCAUUGUCCGAGACCGAAGGGUCCUCCAACGGAGGUCAAGAAAACCACCCGCUUGGUUUGAAGCCCGCCAACGAAACUGUCGAGGCGCGUAAAGAGAGGAAAGCAGAAGACGCCGCUGCUAGCGGCAAGCGCGAGAUUCGCGAAGAGGAAUGUGAGGACCAGCUCGGAUUCGCGUUCCCAGAAACCUACAAGUGGUGGAUUCUCACCGUCAUCUUCUUGGUGCAAACCUCCAUGAACUUCAAUACAUCGCUGUAUUCGAAUGGCCUGGGCGGGAUCUCAGAGCACUUUGGUGUGAGUGAACAAGCGGCGCGUGCCGGUGCCGCCAUCUUCCUGAUCACAUACGCCUUCGGAUGCGAAUUGUGGGCGCCAUGGUCUGAGGAGUUUGGGCGAAAGCCGGUUCUCCAGGCAUCUCUGUUCCUCGUCAAUAUCUGGUGUAUACCGGUAGCACUAGCCCCCAACUUCGCAACUAUUCUCGUCGGGCGUGCCCUUGGUGGUCUUUCCUCGGCCGGUGGUAGCGUGACUCUGGGUAUGAUCGCAGAUAUGUUCGACUCGGACCACCAGCAGUAUGCUGUCGCAUAUAUCGUCUUCUCCUCGGUCGGAGGAUCCAUCCUGGGCCCCAUUAUUGGCGGAUUCGUGGAGCAGUAUCUUGACUGGAGGUGGACUAUCUGGAUCCAGCUUAUCUUUGGCGGCUUCGUCCAGAUUCUCCAUCUUCUGACUGUCCCCGAGACCAGAACCACGAUCAUGCUGGACAACAUUGCCAAAAAGCGCAGGAAGACAGGAGUCGACCCUAACGUGUAUGGGCCCAACGAGAUCGAAUCAUUCUGGCACCGCUUCACUCUGAAGGAAUUGAUGUACACCUGGCUUCGACCGUUCCGCAUGUUCUUGACAGAGCCCAUCGUCCUUACUCUCUCUCUACUCUCUGGUUUUGCCGAUGCCUUGAUCUUCAUGCAGAUCCAGUCAUUCGCUCUGGUUUAUAAGCAGUGGGGCUUCAAUGCUUACCAGAUCGGACUGGCCUUCAUUCCUAUCGGCAUUGGCUAUGUUAUUGCUUGGUUAUCGUUCAUUCCAGCUAUCAGGAGAAACAUCAGGGCCCGCGAGAAGGAACCGGAAAAUGAGCAUGCGCAGUACGAAGACCGUUUAUACUGGCUCCUCUACCUAGCUCCAUGUCUGCCUAUUGGGCUUAUAAUUUUCGCCUGGACGAGCACUGGACCUCCACUACACUGGAUCGGCACCAUGUUUGGGUCUGCUAUCAUUGGCAUUGCCAACUAUGCAAUUUAUAUGGCUACAAUCGAUUAUAUGAUCUGCGCUUACGGACCGUACUCGGCAAGUGCGACUGGAGGCAACGGCUGGUCGAGAGAUUUCUUGGCUGGCGUGCUCACGGUGCCGGCCACACCCUUCUAUUCGAACAUUGGCGCAGAGAAGGGCAUGAACCUUCCAUAUGCGUCAACCAUACUUUUCUGUAUCUCUUUCCUCCUGGUUACUGCAGUAUACGUCAUUUACUGGAAGGGUCCCGUCCUCCGUAAGAGAUCGCCGUUCGCCCAGACCCUGGCCUCACACGCCGAGGAGUAUCAAGGACGUCGACUCAGUUUGGUACAUCAGCAUUCAAAUGUGAGCAGACCAGGUCCUGGCUCUCGACGGACCUCUCACGCAGCAAGCCAGCGUGCGGCUGAGAGGGGCUAUAGCCGCCAGGCGAGCCGCAACACCAGCCGGGCCAACAGUAUCGACAACCCGACCUCUGUUCCGACUACCCCCGCCGUAAAUACACCAACUGCAGCAACUCCAACCGGAGUGCCACAGCGUCCGGGGAUGGGAGGCGACAACUUCGGGCCAGGAUCGAGGCGUAGCUCCUACUAUGCGAGUCGCAACGCCGCCAGUCGUAACGCUAGUCGUGCCAACAGCCGCAACAACAGCAGAGCCAACAGCCGGAGGAACAGUCUGGAGGAGCCUGAGACAACAGGGGGCCCGGCAGCGCAGCCUCUCGGAGACCGGCUUGCACACCUUUCGACCAUUCCAUCAGUCCAGCAGGGCUAA